AUGUAUAAAUAUUUAUCAAGAUCUUCAUGCCUUGUUAAUAUCGUAAUUCAUCAAAAUAUUAACAAAACAGUUACACCCUCAAUUUUUUCAUCGUUUGGACGUCGUUUUUACUCAGUUUCUCCAACAGAUAUUGAAUAUGACGCUAUUAUAAUUGGUGGAGGUCCAGGUGGUUAUGUUGCUGCAAUAAAAGCUGCACAAUUAGGACUUAAGACUGCAUGUGUUGAAAAACGUGGUGCUCUUGGUGGUACUUGUUUAAAUGUUGGAUGUAUUCCUUCAAAAGCAUUGUUAAAUAAUUCGCAUAUCUUUCAUCAAACAAAACAUGAGUUAAGCUCUAGAGGAAUUGAUGUUUCGGAUGUGAAGUUAAAUCUUGGUAAUAUGAUGAAAGCCAAAGAUAAGGCAGUCACCGGUCUUACUAGAGGUAUUGAAGGACUUUUCAAAAAAAAUGGUGUAACUUAUAUUAAAGGUCAUGGACGCUUUACCGGAUUGAAUGAGAUUAAAGUUGAUGGUUUGGAUGGAAAUGAGAGUAUUUUUAGAGCAAAAAAUUUUAUAAUUGCUACCGGAUCAGAAGCAACGCCAUUUAAAGGCUUAGAUGUGUGUAAUCAAAUUGAUGAAACACAAAUAGUAACGUCUACAGGAGCACUAUCAUUAGAUAAAGUACCUGAAAAAAUGUUGGUAAUUGGUGGCGGCAUUAUUGGACUUGAACUUGGUUCUGUAUGGAGUCGUCUUGGUGCAGAAGUAACUGUUGUUGAAUAUCUUAGUUCAAUUGGUGCAGGAAUAGAUGGCGAAUUAGCUAAAUCAUUCUCAAAAAUACUUCAAAAACAAGGGCUUAAAUUUAAACUAAAUACAAAAGUUAUAGAUGCAUCAAAAAAAGAUGGCAAAGUUUAUGUAAAUGUUGAAGCAUCCAACGGAGGUACACAAGAAUCAUUAGAAGCCGAUGUUGUACUAGUUUCAAUUGGAAGACGACCUUAUACAGAAAAACUUGGUUUAGAGAAUGUUGGAAUUGAUGUUGAUGAUAAAGGAAGAAUUAAGAUCGAUUCUCAUUUUAAGACUAAUCAUUCACACAUCUUAUGUAUUGGUGAUGUUACUUACGGUGCAAUGUUAGCUCAUAAAGCUGAAGAAGAAGGCAUAGCUGCUGCAGAAUUUCUUGCAGGUGGAUUUGGACAUGUCAAUUAUGAUGUGAUACCUUCAGUAAUUUAUACACAUCCAGAAGUUGCAUGGUGUGGUAAAACCGAAGAACAAGUUAAAGAAACCAAAAAACCAUAUCGUGUUGGUACCUUUCCAUUUGCUGCAAAUUCACGUGCACGAACAAAUGACGACUCUGAAGGAGUAGUUAAGAUUAUAUCUGAUGAAGAAACUGAUCUAGUGUUAGGAAUUCAUAUCAUUGGACCAAAUGCUGGUGAAAUGAUAGGUGAAGCUGUUCUAGCUAUGGAAUAUGGUGCAAGUAGCGAAGAUAUAGCUAGAACUUGCCAUGCACAUCCAACGUUAUCUGAAGCAUUAAAAGAAGCUGGUACGUGA